CUGCUCUGUCGUCCUGCUCCUCAUAAAUCACCUCCUGCUCCUUGUUCUCCACUCGCCUCCUGCCUCCUCCUCCUGCCCGUCCCAGUUCUGACUCCUAUCAGAAGAUCAGAUACUUUAUUAACUUACGUCUUCGUGUUUGUUGCUUCUGGGCCAACCAUGGAAACCAUAAUCAUGACACCCCAGGGAGCAGAUCUAAGUAAUCACACGCCUGGGGAUCCUGAGGGUCCCAGAAUGAAACAGUACUGCAAUCUGGAAAAGACCCCGACAGCUCCGGGCCCCCCCGGCCCACGGGGCCCUCCGGGGCCCCCGGCCUUCGGAGCUGCUGCUAAGUGGAACAACGAGACCAGUAAAGACGCUCCGGUUCCCACAGACGCCCGAGACUUCAAGCGGGUUCACUUCAGUCUGGAGACCCUGAACACCCGCCGCCUGCUGGCGCGCCUCGCCGCCUCAGAGACAAAGGGGGGCGGGGCUAAACCCGACAUGGAGGAGACUAUAGGGCCAAGGGGGGGGCCAACCAGCAGCUUGUGUGAGAAUGGAGGACCGGCAGCUUCCUUGGCCAGUCUGGUGCUGUCACUGCCCUCCUCUUCCUCAGCCAAACUUAAGGCCCCCCCCCCUGCUGCUGCGGUGACCUCCCCCCCAGCAUCUGCUAGCACCCCCACGCCGGAGCCGCCUCAGCCCGGAGAGCUGCAGGAGCUGCAGGAGCAAAUCGAGCAGAUGAGGGAGAAACUCAGGGCAGCUUUGGCUCGCAGGGCUGAGAUCCAGACCACGAUAGCCAAGCCCGUUCCCACGGCAACAACCAACCCACCUCCAGGACCCACAGCGACCGCAGGGAACCCAGCCGACUCCGGACCCACCGUCACCACCACAACCAGCCUUUCUCCCCACAGGAAGAGCGUGACCACCAUGACAGACCCCCCCCACAAAGUGCUGUCCAAAGUCCCGCCCCUCCGCAGCAGACUGUCCAAUCAGCAGAGGUGAUUCCUGUGGACAGACGUCUGAACAGAGAGGGAAAGACACAGGUUUCGUUUUCUAACGGCAACAUCCUCAAAACCAAAAUAAAAAACAGCACAAAAACGUUGUCAACGCAGCCCCUCGUUGUUCCACGUUGCUCAGAUUCCCUUUUUGGUUACAUUGUGGUUCUGUUAAAAGUGACCGACUUUUUAAAAAUCAUUCUUCACUUCAUUCAGACGUUGUCUGAAAUUGUUCCUGUAGGAAAGUUUGUGUGAGUCAGAACAAUUUCAGGCAGAAUUAACAUUAAAAACUUCAGGACCGAGACAUCGGCCCUGAGGAACAUCUAACAAACAAUCUUUUUCUAUUUGUUGGUAAAAUCUCAAAUAUGCAAACAUGAAAACAGAUAUUGCUGCAGAGGUGAGACCAGUUUUAACAUGUUUUAUGUUUGUAGUCAGUGAGCCGACGUUUGUGUUUAAAUAAAAUUUCUGGUGUUUUUUGACUGCCGCCUGCCUUUCUUGUGGAGGCACCAGACUUCAUGAUCCUGUAGAAGCAGAAGUGGGAUGACGUCUGAUGAGCACCUCGGGACGUAAAGACAAGCGACCAACCGAUCACGUCGUCUCUGGUUUACCAUCCAGUAGAAUCAGGUUUUUAUUCGUGCUCUGAGGCAUUUUCUGGCCACUAUCUCAGGGAUCGAUGCUGAUGAGGCUUUCUUCAGAAGUCCACUGCUUUCAAAUGGCAGCUCAAUCAUCUGGUAGAUGUUCCACUUAGUUUAAUGUUUUAAUUGGCUUUUUGGGUUUGACUUCUAAUAAAUCAGAAAUGUGA